GGGCUGCGAAGAGUUGCGCGCUCUACCGGGCCGCGGCCACUAGCGCGGCGCCGCCACCCGGGAGCCAGCAAGCCGAGGGCCGGGAAGGCAGGACGCGACCCCGGCGCGCCCGAGCCACCUGGGCUCUCCCCGCCGCCCGCGCUUCAUGAGUCGCAAGUUUCUGCGGCGGCGGCGGCUGCGGGACACAGAGCAGGAGCCGGGGGAGCAGGCCGAGCGCGGCUCGGGCUCGACGGAGGGCACCGGUGCGGAGGUCUCCCUGGCCGCAGGAGGAGCAACCGCUGGCCGCGCCACUGCCAACCCCAGCGGAGCGGCGCCAAGAAAGGAGCCGAGAAAGUAUGGCUGAGGAGGAGGCGCCUAAGUCGUCCCUGGCCGCCGGUGGUGGCGCGAGCUGGGAACUUUGUGCCCGGGCGCUCCCGGCCCGGCCGGCGGAGGAGGGGAGCGGGGACGUGGGCAGCCGCCGCCGACCCCCAGCUGACCUCGGGCGCGUGGCGCGCCGGCUGCUGCUGCUGCUUUGGCUGCUGGAGGCUCCGUUGCUACUGGGGGUCCGGGCGCAGGCGGCGGGGCAGGGGCCGGGCCAGGGGCCCGGGCCGGGGCAGCAACCUCCUCCUCCGCCGCCGCCGCCGCCUCAACAACAGCAGAGCGGGCAGCAGUACAACGGCGAGCGGGGCAUCUCCAUCCCGGACCACGGCUACUGCCAGCCCAUCUCCAUCCCGCUGUGCACGGACAUCGCGUACAACCAGACCAUCAUGCCCAACCUGCUGGGCCACACGAACCAGGAGGACGCGGGCCUCGAGGUGCACCAGUUCUACCCGCUGGUGAAGGUGCAGUGCUCCGCCGAGCUCAAGUUCUUCCUGUGCUCCAUGUACGCGCCCGUGUGCACCGUGCUGGAGCAGGCGCUGCCGCCCUGCCGCUCCCUGUGCGAGCGCGCGCGCCAGGGCUGCGAGGCGCUCAUGAAUAAGUUCGGCUUCCAGUGGCCAGACACGCUGAAGUGCGAGAAGUUCCCGGUGCACGGCGCCGGCGAGCUGUGCGUGGGCCAGAACACGUCUGACAAGGGCACCCCGACGCCCUCGCUGCUGCCCGAGUUCUGGACCAGCAACCCCCAGCACGGCGGCGGAGGGCACCGCGGCGGCUUCCCCGGGGGCGCCGGCGCGUCGGAGCGAGGCAAGUUCUCCUGCCCGCGCGCCCUCAAGGUGCCCUCCUACCUCAACUACCACUUCCUGGGGGAGAAGGACUGCGGCGCGCCCUGUGAGCCGACCAAGGUGUACGGGCUCAUGUACUUCGGGCCCGAGGAGCUGCGCUUCUCGCGCACCUGGAUCGGCAUCUGGUCGGUGCUGUGCUGCGCCUCCACGCUCUUCACGGUGCUCACGUACCUGGUGGACAUGCGGCGCUUCAGCUACCCGGAGCGGCCCAUCAUCUUCCUGUCUGGCUGUUACACGGCCGUGGCCGUGGCCUACAUCGCCGGCUUCCUGCUGGAGGACCGGGUGGUGUGUAACGACAAGUUCGCCGAGGACGGGGCGCGCACGGUGGCGCAGGGCACCAAGAAGGAGGGCUGCACCAUCCUCUUCAUGAUGCUCUACUUCUUCAGCAUGGCCAGCUCCAUCUGGUGGGUGAUCCUGUCGCUCACCUGGUUCCUGGCGGCCGGCAUGAAGUGGGGCCACGAAGCCAUCGAGGCCAACUCUCAGUAUUUUCACCUGGCCGCCUGGGCCGUGCCGGCCAUCAAGACCAUCACCAUCCUGGCGCUGGGCCAGGUGGAUGGCGAUGUGCUGAGCGGAGUGUGUUUCGUGGGGCUCAACAACGUGGACGCGCUGCGUGGCUUCGUGCUGGCGCCCCUCUUCGUCUACCUGUUCAUCGGCACGUCUUUCCUGCUGGCCGGCUUCGUGUCGCUCUUCCGCAUCCGCACCAUCAUGAAACACGACGGCACCAAGACCGAGAAGCUGGAGAAGCUCAUGGUGCGCAUCGGCGUCUUUAGCGUGCUCUACACGGUGCCAGCCACUAUAGUCAUCGCCUGCUACUUCUACGAGCAGGCCUUCCGGGACCAGUGGGAGCGCAGCUGGGUGGCCCAGAGCUGCAAGAGCUACGCCAUCCCCUGCCCUCACCUCCAGGCGGGCGGAGGCGCCCCGCCGCACCCGCCCAUGAGCCCCGACUUCACGGUCUUCAUGAUCAAGUACCUUAUGACGCUGAUCGUGGGCAUCACGUCGGGCUUCUGGAUCUGGUCCGGCAAGACCCUCAACUCCUGGAGGAAGUUCUACACGAGGCUCACCAACAGCAAACAGGGGGAGACCACCGUCUGAGGCCCGGGGCUCACCCCGUUCCCAUCGUCGGCCGGGUCCCAGCCACCCCCAGAAGGCGGCCCCACGGAAUCUAUGCCACUCCUGGCUGCUCGAGGCUCCCUCACUAGACACUCACUUUCGCAGGCUCCUUUUAACAAUACAGCCCCUGCAAAAGCUGCCGUCCCCGGGGCAAACGGACGCGAGGGCCCGACUGCCAGACGGGGGAGGACCGACCUCUCUUGCCCUCACACUCUGGUACCAGGACUAUACGCUUUGAUGAUUGUAAAUAGCCUGUGUAUGAUU